AUGGCUGGCUCUGCUUCUGGAAGUUUGGCGCGCGAAAUCUUCCACCGAGAUGUUCCUCCAGGUCAGCCUUUGGAGGAUGUCUUCCUGGAGCAGCUUCAUCCCAAGCUGCGAGAGGUCUUCAAAAGCUCGCCGAUGCUGAAGAAUCUCUGGGAGCAUGAAGUGAAGAGCGCUGUGGAGGGCCUGACCACGGACGAUCUCAACAAGUUGGACCCGGAUCAGUUGCACCACUUAAUGGACGCUCAGAAAGAUGUGGAUCAACGACUGGAGGAGGUGAAUAAGCUGGUGGAGGACCACAGCGAGGCGCUGGAACAUGUGAAGCACUUCUUUGGAUCUCGGGAGGCUGCCGUGCCAGGCAACGGCCGUCCUCCUUUUUGUGACGGCGAUGGACCGGCGGACUCACCAACGAUGUGGGAAGCCAAUCCGGAGCUGCGGCGAAAAUGCUCAGAGAAGUCCACCACCAUUGCAGGACUUGGGGAAGGCUUCGGCGGCGAUCCCAGCAGCAGCACCAAAGCCUUGAUCCAACGCUUGCGUCGCCAGGAGCUUGGCCCUGUGCUGUCGCUACGCAGCGAGCUGCCGGGAUGCAGAGGCGCUGACCUUCAUGCUUUGCUGUCCGCUCUAGAUGGCAACUUGGACCAAGAUCAGGCUGGAUACGAGCACGUUCACUUCUUGAGCUUCGGAUGCAACGACGCCUUGGCCAGCUCCAAGUCUCUCGCCUCUCUGCUGGUCCAGGUUCUUCAGAAAGGCUUCAUUUGGGCCUGUGACUUUGGUGAAGUUUACUUCAAUGAGGAGGUCUUCGACCACCUUCUGAGCGCCUUGGACCCGCGGCCCCUUCGACCUGCGCGGAAGCGGAAGACAGGGCUGGAGGAAACGAGAGAACCCAGCAGCAAUUUGGCGUUCUCCUUUGCUGAUCAAGGCUGCGGCCUCAAGGUGCAUCAGAUCAGCAGGUUGAAGGACCUCACGCGACGACGGCGGCUGUUCGAUAAGGCGCUCUCAUGGGGCAAGGUGGAUCGGACGCACGCGCCGUGGCUGGACAUCCCGCGCGUCUUCGGAAUGGUGAUGAGGUCCAAGAACUUGACAAAAUGUUUUUGGCGGCCGUAUCAAGAAGCGGAAUUCUGGCGCAGAGCUGGCUUUCACUGCACCGGCGGCCCACGUUUGAACCUGCAAAGAUCGGGUGGCAAGCGCGUGAAUCCAUCCAUUCGUCGCUUGACGACUGCAAUGCACCGUGGCAACCUCGAGCCGGCCGCGCUGCAGAAAGCCUUUCCACCCGGAGAUGAAGGUGAACGGCGAAGCAGAGAACUUCUGCAGACUUGUCUGCACUUGGACUUGCCCCCUGCUCCGCUGCCCCGUUGGGUUCUGCCCGGCGCCGCAAACAGCGGCGCUUCGCUGAAACGCCGGGAGGAACGACAGCCGGUGCUGCAGCAAGGCCUGUUGAAGCGGCCGAGGAGAACGCAACAACCCGUUGCAGCCGUGGUGCUGGACUGA